AUGGAUUUUAAAAAGCUUAGAAAGAGUUCUUCGAAAAAGUUUAUGAAAGGUGGUUUAAGUUUUUUUCUCAGUCCCAGAGAUGAUUCCAAAGAAAGUAAUGUAGGAGCUUCAGGCAGUCACACAGAUUUAAUGUUUAGUAGAAAAAAAAUAAGUGAAUGGAAUAUUGAAAAUGUGAAACCUGAUAAUAAAAGUGACACUGAGGAUAAUAAAAAAGACUACAUUGAUGAUAUUCCAGUAAUACCAAGUAUAGAUGACUUAUGUGACGAUGGGUUAACUUAUGAAAUAGCAAAAGCUCCUUUAGUUGGAGUUAAAAAUAUAGCUACCUAUAAGGAUUUAGAAAAUGAUAUUUUACAACAUUCAGCUUUUGCAAAUUUCGAAGAAGUCAAUUUUAGAUUAUUGAUAAAACUUUUGCAUCCUGAAUCUUAUUUGAAUGAACCUGAUGUAGCCUGGACAAGAGAUGGUUUAUUAUAUGAAUUAUUUAGUAAAAUCAAUGGGAGAAAAUUAUCAGACUAA